CUUCUUCUUCGAAAAGUAACAACUUGUCUCUGUUCUAAUCGCGUCGUAUAUCAAAAGAACGAACGAUAAGAUUACUUCGUGAAGGUAUAUACUUCCUUUCGUACGACGACGUUCGAAUUUGCAUCGUCUCCCGGUACGUGGAGGGAACGUGGAGCCGUAUAGUCGCGUUCUCAUUAACGCAAUAACGUGAACACGCAACUGGCGUGACUCGAAACUCGUUGCAACGCGCGCACGUGUACGAAAAAAAGAGGCGGUAGCGUUGCCUUCUCUCUCUCUCUCUCUAUUGACGUAAUCGACGCUUAGGAAGUAUCUACUACGUUUAGUUUUCUAGAAAGACAGAGACGAGCGUGUAUCGCGCGAUUGGUACACGCGCCGACGAUUCUCUCGGUUCCGAAACGUUCGAUCGCUAACUCCACGCAAGGUAUCGCACCUGUUCGUAACGAUCGUUACGAAAUCGGAGCAAGUUCUUUGGCAAAGUUAUUGGCCAAUUCCGAUCGGAUGGACGCACUUCUGUAAUAACGAAUAUCCCGUGACAUUGAUUUCUGCAUGAUGCUAAUAACGAUAGAAGCAAAGUUCACGGGUAGAUACGUUAAUCGUAAAAGGAAUAACGAUGAUCGUUGUGCGAAAAGUUAUCGAAUAACUCGAUAAUACGUGUGUCGUGUAUUCGUCAAUCCGAUAUCUCUUUUGUAAUUAUCAAAAAGUAAUAUUUUCCAAAUGGAGCACGAGCUAAGACCUUCCCAAAUGAUUCGAGCGAGGACCGCGGCGGCGACGACGACGACGACGAAAACGAUUCUCACGCGUUGACUCGACGAGUAAGCCGAAAGAUCGUACUCGCGCGUUACGUCCUUUCGCAAUGGACGAAGUACGAUAGGUGUACGUGUACGUAUCGUACGCGUAUGUUUACACACUCGAGCGAUCGGGCACGAUACUACGAGUCGUCAUCCAUCCUCCCCUCCUUCGACCUUCGCCUUCCUCUUCGAGCCUCGAGACGCGUCGAGCUGGCCCGGCUGAGAGAUCACGAGAUAGGCUUGCCGGCAUUGAUUUCAAGGUCGAGCCGCUUCGAGCUUUUCCAACGUACCGUGAAUCGGUGCGUUCCGCGGUUUCCAAGGACCACCGAGGUAUCGAGGCGAUAUCGCGAAGAAAGCAGCUACGUGCUCAGAUGUAUCGCGCGAACGUUUCUCGAUCAAAACGAUAGGUGCAAGGGACGACGAGAAAAGGAUUCCUCCUCGACCGAGGCUCGACGCGUCGCGCGAUGCGCCGUUUCGCCUCGCGAGACGUAUCCUCGCUUCGAUGACCCAGUUACGCGAUCAAACUCGGCGACCCCUCGGAACGUGGUCGCAGCUACACAAAUUCAUGCGUAAAUUCGUCGCGACGCUUUUCGAAGGUCGCCGAGAGAUACUCUACUCUUCGAUGCGAGAGCAUCGCCUUCCUCCCUCUCUCUCGAGCGAGCGAGCGAGGUAACAGCGGUUCGUUGAUCCUUUCGCGAUUUGGUCGAUGUAGGUGGAUAGGCGUAUCGGAGCCUCGUCGGAAGGACAAAGUUUCAAAGUCGUUCCCACGAGGAGGCCGAUCGAGAACGGCGACAACGAUCUUCGCUCCGUAAAUAAGGUUCGCGCGGACUCGCUGGCAUCCGUCCGUUUCUACCGUAACGUCCGCGAUCUGUCCGAAACGAGACAAAUACUCUUAAAGGAUAAUGACAUCCGACAAGAACGUAUUCUUUCCCCUCGUCGAGAGCGUUAAUACGUCUUCCUCCUCCGUCGUCUCCCGACGAUCCAGUUUUGCGCGGUUCUUCCUGCUCCACCGUGGGACUUUUUUAGCGGCGAAUUAGAGACGACCAGCCGGAUGUACCGUAUAUCUACCGCACGCUUGCUCACAUACGCUUGCACGGUACGGUUCGUGCAAGCUCGCUAGAAAAUGACCCGACGUAAACGAGAUUACGUCCUCUUCGAACAGUCGCGUCGAUUAUGUCGUUUCUGACGAUCGAUCGUGCGCGCAUCGAGAUAUCGAAGAACUCGAAUCCGCGUCGACUCGUUCGUCCGGAAGAAAAACGACGAAGGACUUCUCGAACGGAUAUCCUCGGUUAAGCGUAAUCGGGUUUAGAAACGACGAUUCUCUUUCCUUUUAUUCUCGACGUCGUCGCAAUGACGAGUCUCCGUCGUACGUCAAGUACGUCUUGAUCGUUCGAUUAUAAUGCAAAGUAGUUAUUCAGGUAUAUAUUCCUAUCGCGUAUGGACGGUCUCGUCGUGCGUCUACGAAAACGUUCACGUUUUCUUAUCGCAUCGUUGUUAUUCUUUAUUUGUUUAACGGCCAAGUUACCUCGAUAACGAUAGAGAAUCAAUCGGGUCCGAACAGAGAAAUACGACGCGGUAAGGUAGGUUUUACCAUUGGGACGAACCCGCCCAAGGAGAGGCGGUCGCGCAUCGCGAGGUACUUUUAAUCGAAGGAACGAUCGCGUUCGAUCUACGCUUAUCGAUAUUGCGCUUUUUCGAGGAGAUCGAACGUCGAAUCGAGACGAAGGACCUUUUCUUCUUCUCAAGCUAUUCGUGCGAACGAUAAGAUCGUUCUCGAACGUUCGUCGCGCGACGAAGGCCGCGAAUCGGUGAGCGGCAAUGACGCGAGCACGAAAAUAGUGGAUGGCCGGCCGGCUGAGCAAACAGAGAUUUCGACGAUAGGAGGAAGGAGAUGAGAUGAGAGGAGAGGACGAGAGAGAAGCAGCGGCCUAGCGACGAGCAAAUUGGAAUUCCUAAGGUCACGUCCCGGAAGUCGCGUCGUCCGCUACAAGAUCGGCUUCCGUUAGGAUCGACUAGGCGCGACGAGGUUCGUCCAACGAAUUCGUAAGAUCCGAUGAUUUUCGGAAUCGAAUUCUCCUCGAGGACUCGACCGACUCGAUCUCUUCGUCGACGAUCGCCUUUUUUCUUCUCUCUCUUUACCAACUCUUUGGUAUUUUCGCAAGACGAAUUCUCUCGAACGUAGUCAAAAGUCGGCGGACGUUGUGCAAGAUUUGUGAAACGAAGAAAAGAAAAAAGAAGAAAAAACAAGGAGAAGAUAAUUUAUGCCUCGUCAAACAAGAGAAGAGACGAAGCGAGAUGAAACGUCGCUCGCGUGCCUUCGGAAAUAUCUCUAAGCGUUCGUUACGCCUCGUAACGAUCGGUUUCUCCUCCCUCUCUAUCCGUCUCCGGUCAUGUCGCGUAUUCGAACGUAAUAAUCCUACGAGCCUGUAGAACGAGAAUGAAUGUAUAAAUAAACGACGAUCUUAAAUAAACGUCGCCGUUUCUUAGGGAUUCGUCGCGACUCUCGGCCGAUUCCCCGAGCAUGUCGAGGCGAUUCGACAGCGAAUUGACUUUGAUCCUCGGCUUAUUUCGUAAGAAGGAGGAACCCUUGGAGAGUGAACAUCCCGUGUACACAAGGCGGUCCAUUUACGAGGACGACCGAAAACGCGGUUGAGCGUGGAGAAGCGGAUUUGCCCGAGGAUUAAGCCGUCUCUAGAGUUCGCUGCUCUCUCGUCUCUCUUGGGACUCCGCAGAGAAACGCGGAGCGUACGCGUACCAAAAGGUGGCGGAAGAACGAAAGGACGAAAACGUCGUUCCCUUUUCCCCGUGGCAAGAUUUACGACGCAACCGACGUAUCUCUCUAUACUCGGCUAUUUCCAAAAAGGAUUCCUUCGUUAUUGUCCGAAUCUUUCGAUUAGCACCGUACGCCACGUCCGUGUACGUCGAACGGAUGUACCCGCGAAGGGAGCUAACGGUUGAAGUUCGAGGAAGAGGGUCGCGGAUCCCCGAAGGCUGGACGAGUACGACGCGUGCUCGCGCGUCCGGAUAGCGUGAGCGGUACACGCCGGAGAGUUCUUUUGUCGCAUUCUGCUCGUCGCAAGUUUCCUUUGUGUGUAUCCCUCGCUCGUGAGAUCGUGUUCGAUAUAUCCGUUUGUCGGCGAAGGGAGAUGCUCGUCUCGACGCGACGACGUUGACGCGACGACGUCUCGAGCCCGGAAAAAGCGGAUUUUCCAUGGCUCUGGAAAACGUUGGGAAUUCAAUGCACCGGAUGUACCGAUCGGCUUUACGGCCAACUUCCGGAGUUGUGUAUCGACCGCGUUCGAGGCUAACCUAUUAUGGUAACCAUGGAGCGCAUCGUCGUCUUCGAUCUUGGCCGUCGAAGAAAGAGGAAAAUGGAAAAGAAAGGAAAAGAAAGGAAAGGAAAGGAAAGGAAAGGGAAGGGAAAGAAGGGAAGAAAGGAUCAUCCUCCCAGCUGUCCUCGUGCCAUUGACCGACUCGGCGCCGUACAAAUAUUUACCCGUCCGCCUUCUGACAUCCCCCGCGUUAUCUUAUCUCGUUAUUAAGUUCGGUGAAUUUGCUCUCGAAUUUAAACGUCCUCCGGGCAAGAAGUUUCUCGGGAAAUCGGACAACUCGAGAAUUCGGCAACGUUAAGAACGAUCCGACGAUCGGAGUCACGCGUAAAGGCAUCCGCUACCUUUUCCGAUUUCUACAUUCGGAUUCUACAUAUAUAGGGAGAUACGCGUGCAAGCGUCGAGGAUGAUGUCAACCCGCGCUGACUAAUCGUCCACUCGCGAACCUAUGCAUCAUGGAGGCCUCGAGAUUCGUGGUACGUUACCCUUUGUUCGUUCGUCGUUCCUAACGUUGGACGAGAAGGAAACGACGAGUCUAGAGCGAAAAGUCGCGGAGAGUCGCGGCAACGUCGAUCGAGAACGCUACUUUGCAACGCGUUGCUCCAUACGGCGCAAUUACGGGCUCGACGUUUUUCUUUUUUAGCAGAAUUAUCGUAAACUCGCGCGCGCGUAGCAUUAUCGUCUCUUUCAUCCGACAUCGAGUACAGCGAAAAUUGGGGUCAACGGGUUAGACUUUCCUCGUCUUCUGUCGCACGUUUCCCGGCUAAUCGCGAGUCGACGAUCGGCGAUAUCUCUCGGUUUUAACGAGAGUGAUCGAGCGAACGACCCUUGGUACGGAUCCAUUUUGCGCGUGGACGGUCGGACGCGGUUAAUCCGAUCGAUGCGUCAGGAAGAAAUCUCGCGAUCGCUUUAUCCUUUUUCCCUCCGAGAUAUUUCAAAAGAGCAACGGGGAACCGGUUCGUUCGCGCGUUUGGCAAUACGCGAGCUCGCGUGCUUUAAAAGCUAUUUGGCAAGAGAUUCCUUGAAAAAAAGAAGGAGAGAAGCCGAACGAAAUUCGAUAUUUGUCCGCGUGCGGUUCGCUCGGGCUCGUCCCGGCUCGCCGCAGGAUCGAGGAAUCUUUUUCACCGUCGAUCCUUCUCUCGUUAUCUCCGAGGUACGUGCCUUCGCGCAGAUGCCUUCUACGCUCACGGACGCAUCUGCUCGGGCAAGAACGAAAAGGAGAGGAAAUUGCCGCGCGAAGCAGCCCAAGAGAAUGCGCGCGUUGUGCUCUCCGGACGCGAGAUACCCGAACGCUGCACCUGCCCCUGUGCCUGUGCCUGUGCCUGUGCCUGUGCCUGCGCCUGCGCUUGUGCCUACCUUUCUUGGCCUCCUGCCUCAGCCGUUCCGCUUUUCGUCCGAUUACCUCGUGGCACGGACCGUACCCGAAAGGCCUGCCUACCGGAACAAUGCCUAUCUUCUACUCUCUUUUACCCGACCUUUCCAAACCUGGACGCUCUCUAUUUUCUUCUGCUAUUUUCAGGGACAAACGUCUCUUCUUCCCUCCGUUCGUUUCUACGGUCAUCGAUACGAAUAACAUCGAUGCAAAGAUAUGCACGAGUCUCGAAGAAUCUCGAUCCUUUUCGAAUCGAGUUUUAUCGCGCUCGUGCAAUCUUCUCUCGGCGAGAAUCCCACCGACACCGCGUCGAGUUUCGCAAACCGGAGGAACGUACUCGAAUCUAUCGUCGUAUUGUUUGCGAAUUAUUGCGACACGCGCUGCGUAGGGGGGCUUUACAUAAUCGUAGGUGUGUCAUCGAGAGACCUUCGCGAGUCCACUUUUCUCGACAAUUUUUUCUUUCUUCUCCCUUCCUUUUUUCUCUUUUUUUUCUCCUAGCUGUCGGGGUCGGUGCUACUCGGGACGGAUCGAUCGUUGGAUCCAAGGCGGAGAAGCGACCAGAGAGAGAGAGAGAGAGAGAGAGAAAACUUUUUGUCGCGUUUCCGACGCAAACGCAUCUCGCAAAUCUCCUCGGACUCGCUCGUGCUCGAGCUACCACCCUUCGACCUGUCGUCUCGGCCGAGACGACAACGGCGUCGUUCUAUCAGCGUUCUUUUAUUAGCCCUCUCUUCCCUCGUCGAAGCAAACGACGCGUUACGUAACGCGUUGCGUGCGUGAAUACUGGAAGAAGAAACAAAAAAACGUUCGAAAAAUCGAUUCGAACGAAUGCACGCGUAGCCCGACGGCAGAGUUCGAUAACGAGUAUCCGGUGUUAUCGAACGUUUCGCUUCGACGAUCGUGAGAACUCGUCGUCGUUUCCAUCAGAUGACAGCACCGUCCGUUUCUCUCGGUUCUUACUGGCACGCGAGAGCACACGUUUUACCUUCGAUCACCGGCGAAUGAAAUUUAACGGACGAGAGAAUCGGACGUUCCCUGGACCAAGAUCGGUACAAGGUCGAGAGAUCGCGGCGAGAUAUCGGAGAUAUCGUGGAUCGAUUCUUUCGGCCACGCGUAAUUCCGAGGACGGAACGAUGCUCGCAGCGCUCCCUCCGUUUGGCAGCACCGUCUUCCAUCGUUCCAAGGAAAGAAUCGAGCCAGCCGUGGCAGCAAGUCCAAGUCGUUGCAUCUCCGUCGCACGUGGUCCGUGCGCGUCACGAGUCGUGACGAAUCGUCGAGGGUUGACAUAUAAAUUUUCGCGAUCCUCCGUAAUUGCGUUGGAGAUCGCAUACCGAUCGAUCGAUCGAUCGAUCGAUCGAUCCGCCGCAACCUCCGACUUCGACGAUCGAAGAAAGAAACCUAGAAAAGAGAGUAUUUCCCUCGUGGACGGUUGGCUCGCGCGGCAAGGGGAGACGCCUUCGAAGGUGGCGGCAGCUCGACGGACGACGAUGUCGAAAGAUCCGGAAGGGAAGGAGAGGACGAGAACGAAGGCGGAUCCGGGCGCGAGCAGAUACGGGAACUUCAUGAAUUACUACCAAUUUCGUAGCGCGGAAGAGCGCGUGCGGCAACUUCCGCGCGACGACGUCUGGCGGUCCGUUCGUUCCGACCGGAAAUACGUGGGACUAGACAUCGGCUGUAAUGCGGGGGAACUUACGUACGAGCUGUACGAUUUUCUCAGCGUCAAUUCGAGGAGCGCCGACGGCGAUAAACCCGACGUCUACGUGCUCGGCAUAGAUCUCGAUCCGAUCCUCGUCGAGAGAUCGCGCGAGGGCAAUCCUCGUCCGGAUCGAGUCACCUUCGAGCACUUGGAGUUUCUCUCGUCCGAGCGCGACCCGACCAUCUCGAGAUAUCUCGAGGAACUGGGAAGGUGCCGUUUCGACGCGGUCUUUUGUUUCUCCGUCUCCAUGUGGAUCCACCUGAAUCACGGGGACGACGGUUUGGUCGAGUUCUUUCGCAAGGCUUGUUCCAUCUGCGACACGAUCGUCGUCGAGCCGCAACCUUGGAAGUGUUACAGAAACGCUUCGAGGAGAUUGCGAUUGGCCAACUUGGAAGACUUCCCUCUGACAAAGAAGUUGGAACGCAGGGGCGACACGUCGGACCAAAUAGAACGGAUCUUGACGGAUCUGUGCGACUUUCGAAAGGUCGUCGUGACCAACGGGAACGAUUGGGAAAGAAAGAUCAUGAUUUUCGCGAGAAACCGAGAUCGAUCCUCUGUAACGACGAUGUAAACCCAUUUAUAAAUAAAACGAAACGAAUUAUUCUUUAA